AACACAUUAGGGGUGUAAAUGUAAUCAUCUCAUAAAUAAUGUCAUGUUUGUUUUUUUUAACAUCAUAUCAACACCAAGGACCAGCACUGAAAUCGCCACCGCCAUCCUCCAUUUUCCCCGCCGCCGCCGUAACACGUGACCGUCUCUCUCUCUCUCUCUCUUCCUCUGAAAUUCACACUUUAAAUAUCCUCCAUGACUUUUGCACCCGAAACCCACCAUUUUCUUUCUCCAUAUUUCCAAACCAAACAUCUGUUUCUCUCUUCAUUUCAAUGCCUUCCCUUCUCUUUCUCUUCUUCCUCCCUCUACAUUUCUCUUCCGCCGCCCACCAAACCAUCCUCCCUGGGAUCGCCGCCGCCUGCGGAGCCACCCGCUUCCCUGACCAAUGCGCAUCCUCCAUCUCCCAAUCCAGCCGCCUCCCCCAGAAUCCCACGCCGCUGCAGAUUAUUCAGGCCGCCGUCUGGCUCUCCUCGGAGAAUCUCAAAAUCGCCAAAUCAAUGGUGAAGGCCAUUCUGGAUUCCUCCGAGAAGAGCCCCAACCGCAACCGCACCGCCGCGGCAUUGAGCUGUCUGGAGGGGCUGGGUUACUCGGAAUACCGAAUUUCCCUUUCCAACGACGCAAUUGCUAUCGGUAGGAAUAAAGACGCGCGCGCGUGGCUAAGCGCGUCGCUUCUCUACCAAACCGGUUGCCGGUCGGGGCUUAAGUACGUGAACGACACGCGCGAGGUGGAUGAAACGAUGUCGUUCCUUGACAAUUUGAUCGUGCUGUCGAGCAACGCGCUGAGCAUGGCGGUGGCGUACGACAUUUUCGGGAAUGAGACGGAGGCCUGGGGCCCACCGAGGACGGAGCGAGACGGAUUCUGGGAAAGGAGUGGUGGGACGGCGGUGGUGGGGACGGGUUUGGGGAUUCCGGCGAAGACGGAGGCGAAUGCGACGGUGUGUAAGGAGGGGAGUGAGGGGUGUUACACGACGGUACAGGCGGCGGUGGAGGCGGCGCCGGAAAACUCGGCGGUGAGGUUUGUGAUACACAUAAAGGAAGGGGUUUACGAGGAGAGCGUGAGAGUGGGAUUGGAGAAGAAGAAUUUGGUGUUUUUGGGAGAUGGGAUGGGCAAAACGGUCAUUACAGGAUCCUUGAAUGUGGGCCAGCCUGGGAUCUCAACCUACAAAUCCGCUACUGUCGGAGUUCUUGGGGAUGGAUUCAUGGCCAGUAGACUCACCAUUCAAAACACAGCAGGCCCUGAUGCCCACCAAGCUGUGGCCUUUAGAUCAGACAGUGAUCUCUCAAUCAUACAUAACUGUGAGUUUAUAGGCAAUCAAGACACUCUCUACGCCCACUCCCUUCGUCAAUUCUACAAUUCUUGUCGAAUCGUAGGCAAUGUUGAUUUCAUCUUUGGCAACUCAGCCUCCAUCUUCCAAAACUGUCACAUCUUAGUCCGUCCUCGCCAACUCAACCCUCAGCUCGGAGACGACAAUCCCAUCACUGCACAUGGGAGGACCGACCCUGCCCAGUCGACCGGGUUCGUAUUCCAAAACUGCCUCGUAAACGGCACAGAGGAGUUCAUGUCAUUAUACUAUGCCAAUCCUCAGGCGCAUAAAACCUUCUUGGGGCGACCGUGGAAAGAGUAUUCGAGGACGAUUUUUAUACAUUGUGAUCUUGAAGCUCUUGUUUCAUCGUCUGGAUGGAUGCCUUGGAGUGGGGAUUUUGGUUUGAAGACACUAUAUUAUGGGGAGUUUGAGAAUUUUGAGAUUGGAUCGAAUUCGUCGAAGCGAGUUGGAUGGAGUAAUCAAAUCCCUGCAGAAUAUGUUUUUAGUUAUUCUGUCCAGAAUUUUAUCCAAGGAAAUGAAUGGAUUCCAUCAUCUUAGUGGAAAAGACUAGGAUUAGCAUUUCACUUUGUUACUAUACUUGCAUAAUUUUAUGAUGAACUAAACUCCAUAUUUAUCCAUGUAUUUGUGUUAUAUAAGGGGAGACAUUCGUUCACCAUGUAAUAGGAGAUUCUCCACCCCAUUCGAGAUGGAUCACCUCAGAGUCUCGAUCAUGCAGGUUAAAUGAACAUCUCUACCUACGAUCAUGACAAACAA